UUCAUAUAAAUAACAACAACCUCUACAUUUUUUGGGAUCCCAGCCUUGUAUCGAUAUCAUAUACAAUAAACACGUAACGAUUAACUGCCUUCGUGUCGGUAUGUAAAGUAAAUUAUGAUUAUAUAGUUGGGAUAAUUCAAAAUGGAAUUUAACUUGAAUUAUGCUGAUCAUAGCCAGCUCGAUUUUACGUUUUGUAGCGAUACACUGAUAGAAUCUGAUUUGGAUUUUGAUAUUUUUGAACUAUUUUUGAUCUCUUUUGUUUCUUUGGGAAGAAUUUUUGGGAAGAUACCAUUCCUUGUUAUCGAAGAAGGAAAGCUAGUGUUUGGGAUAAUUACAAACUUAUCACACACCUUCACGAAAUCUUUCUAUGGUAGCGGAUUAAAUAAAAUAAAUGAUGAAAAUAAAAAAGUACUUAAUUUGCUAAAGCAAAAAAGGCGAUUUAUUAUACUCUCAUUGUCCAACGAAACGUUUCUAAUAGACAACCAAUACAUUUUCGGAGGGUUAACUUUCCAGAUACAGCAAGAAAUUAAAAAGGAGAAACUUGUCAGGCGGAAACUUGAUUGUGACAUACUUUUAGCGUUAAUCGCCGCUCGUUUCUUCAAUGAAAAUGGAGGAAAUCAGAUAUCUGCUGAGUUUGAAAAAGAAAAUAUUGAUCAGAUAACUUCGGAGGAUUCGAAACAUUCGCUGAAAUUAACGAAUAGGUCAACAGUUUCAUCCGUGCGUCAACGCAUUCCUCACAGUACGACGCCAACUGACGUUGAACAUGUUUUUCCAAAUGAUAAAAAGAAAUACAAUCAACCAGAGGUUUCAAAAUAUGGAGAGACCGAAAGGGAACGUGAUUUGCAAGGGGAACAUUUUCCAGUUCAAGCAACUGAAGCAGAUAUGGGACAACACUCGUUUGAGCCCUCAUUAUCUAGAAUUGGAUCAACAAGUGCCUUUAGAAGAAGUAAUUUUGACAACGAAAUGACAAAUGUUUCUUUCGUACAGACCUCUUAUAAUGAAAGAAGAUAUCAGAACACCCGAGAACCGAAGUUUGCGGCAACAUCUAAACCACCCAGAUAUCCAGAUUACUCCGAAAAACAUAAAAGAGAAGAGUCGUUUCAUUCUUUGAAUUGGCCAAAAGCAAACAAACCGAAACCUUUAAUGCUAGUUGAAUGUGGAUUCUUUUACACAGAUAAGCAAGAUCUUGUAAGAUGUUACCAAUGUGGCAUAGGCUUGAAGGACUGGGUUGAAGAUGACGAUGUUCUUACUGAGCAUGUUAAAUAUUCGUCCUUAUGCGACUUCUUGGUACAAACGUAUGGCAAAACAAGAAUUAAUCAAAUGAAGCUCAUGAUUGAAGCAGCAGGAAGAAACAAUGGAAGCACAACGAGUCAAAAUAUCCCUCAAGUCCCCUACACGAUCAGAUCACCACGCUACCAAACAAUGGAAGCAAGAAUCGCAUCUUUUGAGAACUUUCCAAGACACAUCAACAUUUCGCACCAUCAACUUGCUGUAGCAGGCCUUUUCUGCACUGGACGAGGCGAUCUAUGUCGUUGUUUCACGUGUGAUGGUGGGUUAAAAGAUUGGAGUUCUGGUGAUGAUCCUAUCAAAGAGCAUGCGACGUACUUUCCGAAAUGCUCAUACAUUAUUAAGUUGAAAGGGGCGGCGUACGUAGAAAUGCAGCAACGAAAUAGACAAGGGAAUGAAAAUGAACAGAUGGGAGCAACCGGUGGUAGCAAUAAUGUAACGCAACCAACAGAAGAUGUUCCAAAUAUUCAAUCAGAGAAUUUGUCAAUUGUUGAUACCAGUACUGAAUACUCGAGCUUCAAUGUAACUCAAGUUGUUCAGCAUAUGGGCUAUUCCGAGAUCGAUGUCAUUACAGCAAAAGCUGAAUUAGAACGGAAUGGUAAAAGAAAACCAACUGUCGAAGAGGUAGUGAAUACCAUAUUGGAUAUACAAGAAAGAAAUGAGAAAAAAUCAGAAGCAGUUGCAACGCCAAAGGAAACAACAAAAGAUUUACAAGCAAUGGUGGAGGAAAACAAGAAGAUGACGAGCCUGAUAUACUGUAAGCUGUGCGUUACUGGAGAGGCAGACAUUUUGUUCCUUCCUUGCACCCAUCAUAGAGUGUGUCACAAUUGUUCGAAGGAUAUCAUCUUUUGCCCUGUAUGCAAUGAAUUCAUCAAGGAAAAAGUGAAGACAUUCCGAGCUUAAUGUUUUUUUAUUCAGUUGUAUAUCUCGGUAUAAUUUUAUGUCCUUUUGUGUAUAUAUGUACAUGUAUCUUUAUUCUUAUUUGAUGCCUUGUUCCCCGUUGGGUGCCUCCCCCCUUUUUUUAUCGUAAUACUCAUAAUUUGCUUAAAACUAUCUUAUAUAUGCACUUCUUUCUUAUCAUCAAUCUUAAUGAUAAAGGCAAUGAGAUGUGAGUUAAGGUGACAACGGAGUCAAUAUUCACUCAAAAUACCUAAAAUGAGAUUUUUUGCUUAGUAGAUUUAUCAACCUUUUAUGAACUCAUUCGUGAUUUAAUUUUGGAAGCAGUUAGUCAGAAAACGUGUUUUUAAACGUUUUAAAACGGUACCCAUACCGUUUUUAUCUGCUAUUCGCGUAACCUGUCAAUUAUCGAUAACGCUACGCCCCCUAUUGAGGCAUCAGUGAGGGAAAUCAGUAGUUCCAUAUAUCCGUGAAUUACCGGUCCAUAAUAGUUAUACAUGUAUACAUAAUACAAGUAUCGUACAAAUACUGUACAUCGUUUAUGAAUAUCUCGACAUUUAUGGUCUACCUUUUGAUUUAGCCUUUAAAUAAAUUAAAAAAAAAAACGUCGGACAAAAUGUAACAUAAAUAAUUUAGAAUAGCGGCAAAUCGCACGACCAUAGGGAUGGUUAAAUAAUGUAGCUGCCUAUUAUAUCAAUAAUAUGUGAAAUAAUAAUUUGUUUGUCCCGUAAUCUGAUAGACAUAAUGGACAUUCAACCUCGUUUUCUAACAGUAUAAAAAGAAACAGACAACAUUUUUAUGUAAACUCCUAUAGAUAUGAUGAUGACACAUUUCUUAAAUAUUUUAUGAUAAUCUGCGGAUGAUAUAUUUUAUGAAUCGAUAGAAAAAUCGGACAGAUAUGGAAAUAUAUUUUUUUAGUGAAUGUUUCGGAUAUUAUGUUUGCCAGUAAAUCGAACACGCACAGAACUAAUAAACUUGAGACAAAGUAUGACAUUUAUUUUGUGUCCCAGAAGAAACUGAAUCAAGGUCUAUGCCGUGCAUAGAUGAAUAUUCAUGAUAAUAAAAUCAAGGUCAGAUCAUAUUGAUCGAGUGAUACAUUUUAUUUCUAUUAAAAUAUGUCAGGACAAAAAUAUAUAAUACCCCGUUCUUAUUUGUACAUCGUACCACAGACUUUAGCUCGUUAUUUUAAUUAAUUAAUUAAUAUCUAGCGGAAUUUCAUACGCGAAUACAUAGGCAGCGUGACACUGAUAUAAUAUAAUAAUGAUGAUGAUAUACAUAAUAAAACUUCAAAAGUGAAACAAAUAAAUUGUCCCGCUAGCUGUACGCAUUUUAAUGCAUUUCAUUUCCUCCCACCGAGUGCCUCAAAUUUUACCAAUAGUCAUGUGACAUCUGCGACAGAUACCAGACGGAUAGUAUAUCACGUUAAGAUUUAAAGAAAUUUCUGCUAUAUAAUAAUAUUAAUCAGCAGAUUUUUAUUUGGUCAAAUGUCACUGGGUCAUAAAAAGUUGUUGCAUCUUGCGACCCCCUUUGGUGCGAUAUUUGCGUGUUAUGCAAUUAUUUAGCGUGAAACGAAAGGGUCUGAGGGAGAGCAGCCGAUUUAUGACACUUCGUUUGAUGCGGGUCGAACUAACUUUGAAUCGGCAUAACUUUUGUAAUAAUCAAGCAAUUUACAUGCGGUUUAAAGCACAUGAAAGGAAAUUCAUUUACGGAGGGAAGUGUGUCAGGGAUUUUUGAUAGCUCAAUCAGUGACUUAAUGAGGGACAAUAAUGGAUUAUCUUCCCUUGAUAAAAACCGAGGUUAACCAAAAUGUAAGUAGGUCCAAAUAUUUGGAAUCCUUUGCUUUUGUCGUUGAUUUUUAUGUAAGACAGGUUGAUAUGUUUUAAUAAAUUAUUUCCACAUGCAUCAACAAAUAUGUAAACAAUAAGAAAAAAAAUGUUUCAUUUAUGUGAACAGAUUCUACAGCUUAUCGCAAUAUUUAAUCUGAAUAUUACAAAUGAUAAUAAUUAGCCCUAAUUAAUUCAGUUUGCUACAAAGAAAUAGGCGAUAAAGUCAGAGUAAUCCAAUUGCUUAGGACCUAUCUAUUUAUAGGGUGUACUCAGGGGAGGUUAUUCACUAAUGUCCCCCAUUAUCUUUAAUUGCGUAAUAUGAAUGGUGAAAAAAGUCGCAUAAAAAGUUUGAUUUUACGUACUAUUGUUUUGAGAAAAGAUAGAAAUAAUCUGAGACACGGUUCCCUACAUAUUAUAAUUAUGCUUAUAUUCCAAAAGUUUGACGACAAAAAAAAAUUUGAAUGACUUUGAUAGGACGAUUUUAAACAACAGGAUUUUUGUUCAAAAUUUAUUAUUUAUAAAGACAUUUUUUUUUAAAUAUGUUAUUUUUUAUGAAGAUCAAAGACAUUUAAUGCACAAUAUUUAAAUAAAUAACAAUUAUUACUAAAAUAAGUUGGUUUAAAUGACAUUCACGGUAGUACCACGGAAAGUGUCUGUUGUCCCCUUGAGCACACUGUAUCAGAUUGUUUGGCAAAGUUCUUUAUCAUAUUUAAACAUGUCACACAAAAAGUAACACGGGCCACUUAUUACGUAUUAACAUGCGACAAAGCAGUUUGAUUUGAAGAUAAACAAAAUAUCUUUACAAAACAUACAUUCAAGAUGAAAUAUUACAAUAUAUAUUUUGAAUGACUUAUGCACUUUAAAUUAAUAUGACGAGGCACGUAAUUGUAGUAAAUAUGUUUGAAUGCCAAAUAGUUGAACAAUCGUUUUGCCCUUUAUGCAUGAUCAUUAUUAAAAAAACUGUUUUUUGAUUAUCAUAAUGGUCUUAAAUAAACAUAGUAUGUAAACAUUUAAAAGAAUUUUAAAGGACUCGGUACAUUUACUUAACACAAAAGCAUAAAUAACGCUCAUACGCUCACUUGAAUUAAUAUAUAGCACUGAUCAUAUAUUUAUAUUAUGAACAAACAAUAACAAAACUAUAACACGACUAUAACAAGGCUAAAACAAGACAAGAAGAACUUUCUGAUCACGACGCAAACGAGUUAUUAAGAUGCGUUAAUUUUAAUUGAAACUAAAUAAUAUCAAAUCUAUUCGGCCAACAUAGGAAUGGAUUGUGAUCAUACGAAUAAUUCUUAAAACAUGAUAAUUUCUGAGCGAACCAACCCGGGAGUUAAGCCAUUGAAAUGAAUAGAAAAUCAUGAAAAAGGGCAGGAGGGUUGAGUAAAACUAGAAUCAUUUACGACCGCCUACACAGAAGCAAAAAUGAAAAAAUGUUGAAGGUUAUGUUGGAUGAACGUGUUUAUUAACGUCCCUAGCUAUUGUAAGACAGUAUUUAUUUCGUUCAUUAACAUCACUGGCUAUUGAAAAAUAAUAUUAGUUCGUUCCUUAACAUCACUAGCUAUUGUAAAAUUAAUUGUAUUUAGUUCGUUCCUUAAAAAUCACUAGCUAUUGUAAGAUAAAAUUUAUUUCGUUCCUUCACAUCACUAGCUAUUGUAAGAUAAAAUUUAAUUCGUUCAUUAACAUCACUAGCUAUUGUAAAAUAGUAUUUAUUUUGUUCAUUAACACCACUAGCAAUUGUAAGAUAGUAUUUAUUUCGUUAAUUAACAUCACUAGCUAUUGUAAGAUGGUAUUUAUUUAGUUCUUUAACAUCACUGGAUAUUGAAAGUAUUUAUUUCUCCUACGCUAGUAACAUCUUGAGAGAACGAAAAUAACCUUGCAAUAGCUCACGGCCUUAAUGACGACAAUAAUCGGCAAUAAGGUUACUGUACAUUUCAAUUACGGAACAUAACUACGUGUUCUCAUAGCUGAUACCUUCUUUAGGAACAACAAGUUGCUCCGCAAGUUAACAAUUAUUUCAUGCUCACUGUUGAAAUGUUAUAUACCUUAUAUAGAAGUGAGAAAAUAUUUAGUUACGUCGGCGCUCGUGAAUAUAUUGUAAUAUAUUACUUCAUAAUUUCAAAACAAAACCAAAAAGCUCGACUUAUUAAAAAAAUACAUGUUUUGUAUGUGUAUGUAUUUUAUGUAUUUGUAUGUAUUUUAUGGAAAAGUAUUGGUUUUAUCUGCAAAGUAUAUUACUCACAAUAAUUAGACAUAAAUAUUGGGUUUAAUUCCUGACAAUGGCGUACUUCUUGAUUCAAAUAUUAUUGCUCUUUAAAGUAGUUAAAGUUACACUCAAUGACAUUACUUAAAUUUGUUGCGUAACAGUUGAACGACUGACGCCAUCACUUUUUCUUUGUCGUCUUUUUCCUCUUAAACAAGUGAGAAUUUGCUGAUUUAAUGAUUUCUUUCGUAUA